AUACGGGCAUAGAUUUUAUAUGCAAAAUCAAGCAUUUCAAAACGUGAUUCUAAAAUGCAAUGCUUCUGAAUAUUUGGAAUACCUGGGCCAAAUAUAGUGUGGGAGAAUAGCUCAUGACCUAAUUAAAAAUCCUCGAGGAUUUUAUGCAGGACGAGCUGCAUCAUGUCAUCCACGCCAAUUCAUGACUGGGAUCUUUGACGGGAGCAGAGACGGCAAAUUAAAGCAGACUCUCCUCACCAGAAAAGCCAGCUUCCGCCACCAACCGUCACCCAUCACCUUGGGCCGAAGCUUCCUCCUCCUACUAACAACCCUUAUCCCGGCCAGAAUUCAUCUUCGGUAUCUCCGGCUCAACACUCCUCAAUUGAGUCUCGGACCCGAGCUGACUCGCCACCGACACUAAAAUCCCACUUGGCAAUGCAAAAAUAAUCCGGAUCCACAUCCACGGAGGGCACCGCCGCACGGAUUCGUGGAGGCGGCGAUGUACUGUUCUUUGGCUUCGUUGGGUCUCUCUCUUCUUCGGAAUUAAUUAUCAACCAAUCAAGGUUACAAAAAUUG